UUUAGCUUAUUUCUACUCUCUUUUGUUUUUGGUUUGAUCUGCUACAAUUUGAUUUUUUCUGGAACCUUUGUUUAGUAAAGUUUGAAGCUUUAAAUUUGUUUCAAGUACAUUGACAAUAUUUUGUACUGCGAUUUUCGGUUCGACUAGUGCUUAGAGCAGAGAAGGCAUAUGCAACAUAGAAUAACAUUAGCUUGGGCAGCCAAGGAGUUUGGUUUACAUCAUCUUCUGUCAAUGAUGAAAAUGUUAAAGUAAGAUGCAUGGAUGCAAGAGUUUUUCUUUUUUGACAGUACUUGUGAUAUGUAUGUACUUAAAGUGUGAUGUUAAGUUGUGAAGGCAGCUGCGGAAAUGGAUUUUCGACCAAGCAGAACGGGGGGUAGUUGCAAAACAUGUUGAGGCCUUCAUAAGAGAGUUUUUCUACCAGAAUCCGUUUAGUCAAGUUGGCCUGGUGACUGUAAAAGAUGGUGUUGCUCAUUGUUUAACGGAUCUUGGUGGCAGCCCCCAGUCUCAUGUUAAAGCGUUGAUGGGUAAACUGGAAUGCUCUGGUGACUCGUCCCUGCAGAAUGCAUUGGAUCUUGUACAUGGGUAUCUGAAUCAGAUUCCAUCGUAUGGUCAUAGAGAAAUGCUGAUCUUAUAUUCAGCUCUCAGUACCUGUGAUCCAGGAGAUAUACUGGAAACUAUCCAGAAGUGUAAGAAAUCAAAAAUUAGGUGCUCAGUCAUUGGUCUCUCGGCAGAAAAUUCCAUAUGCAAGAAUCUAUGCCAAGAAACCGGUGGCUUAUACUAUAUUCCUUUGGAUGAGGCGCACUUAAAAGAGUUAAUAUUGGAACAUGCACCUCCUCCUCCAGCCAGAGCAGAAUUUGCAAUUGCUAAUUUGGUAAAGAUGGGGUUCCCACAAAGAGCGGCAGAGGGCUUUUGGAAGUCUGGGAUGCCUUCACCAAACAAACAGAGGAAUUUCUUCAUUAUUCCCCUUGUUUCGAGUUGGAGAGUUGUUAGUGCUAACAUGUAA